AUGGAUCUUCUAUCUGUACUUCCUGACUUCUCAACCAAAUCAUAUACCCAUAUACUGCCUCCACUCGAGCGAAGUAAAAUCACUACCGUCGACCUGGUCACCCUCGACACGCUCGAAAUCGCGAAACGCGCCCAUGUUCCCCCCGCCGAUGUCCGGCGGCUCGCAGCCAAGUCGUUGACGCAAACGUCAGUUGGAGAUGAAUUGAGCUCAAGUUUUCAUCCGGAUGCAACGAACCUUCACCUUGGCCCCGCCACAAAGCUCCAGCCGUCGCGAUGGAGCUCGAUCAGUACUUUGGACCCCGCACUGGAUUCACUCCUGGGAGGUGGGAUUCCGAUAGGAUACGUGACGGAGGUGACUGGGGAGAGUGGCAGCGGCAAGACACAAUUCCUCUUCAGCCUGCUCCUAUCUGCUCAGCUGGCUAGUCCUGAUGGCCUCGGGAAAAACGCCAUCUAUAUCUCGACCGAACAUCCACUGUCGACAAAUCGCGUAUCACAGCUUUUAGAAUCCCACCCGCGCCUCUCUUCACUCCCCCCAGAUCAAGUGCCGUCCCUAAAAAACAUCCUGUCCAUCAACGCCAUGGAUUUAGAGACCCAGGACCACAUUCUCAACUACCAGUUACCGGUCGCUAUCACACGGCACAAUAUUGGCUUGGUGGUGAUUGACUCCAUCACGUCUAACUAUCGCGCGGAACAUUCCUCAAAUAACAUGCUUGCGCUCUCCGCACGAUCCACGGAGCUUGCAAAGCUGGGUCAGAUGCUGCGCAACCUUGCCGCAAAAGAGGACAUUGCGAUUGUACUAGCGAACCAGGUCUCAGAUCGCUUCGAGCCCGUGGAGGGGUUCGGCGACCCAGCCCUACGCCCAGGCUUCCCGUCCGUGUUAAGCCAGGGUGCUGUGGCUCGUGAAGUUGGUGCUGCGUCGCCACUGCCAAGAUGCAGAUUGGAUAACGCCGGACUGGCAGAGCCACUGUCUCAAUAUAGCCCUAUGCUCUCCUCAUCCCAGGGGAUCUCGUCAUCUCCUCACCCUGCGCCGGACGAUGAGAAAUUCGACGGAUCCUAUAUCAUUGAAAACCCGGCUCGGAAUAGUAUUCUGAGUUUGCUCCACCAGGAACGAUUCUUCACCGGCUGGGGAGAUGGCUCGCCACUUGAGACUUCGCUGAAGACCCCAGCCCUGGGAUUCUUCUGGUCGACACAAAUUGCGUGCCGCAUCGCGCUGAAAAAAGAAGAACAACGUUCUAGUUUACCUCUAUGGGAUGCUGGAUCCUAUCCGACUUCCACACCGAGCAGGCAACCAGACUCUCAGGAUGUGGGCGGAAAAAAUCAACUGUCGCAGCACACAGCAACGAUUUCCUCUGCUCGAGAGGCCCACGCCAAAGGGGAGCCUGGCUCAAUCAUACUCAAUGGCAGCGAUGGAGAAAAAAGGAAUGAAUCAACCACAGACGUCUCGGGAACGAACUCUAUCUUUCAACCGCCUCCCACGCCUAAAACACUUGAGCAUGCUACGCGGCGAAUUAUGAAGCUCGUCUUUGCACCUUGGACGGCAGGCUUGCCAGAACCUGAAGACGGAAUGAGCCAAGUUGGACAAGGAGGUUCAGGUCGGAAGGGGAACGAAGUGGAAUUUGAGAUCUGGACAGGAGGGCUCCGAAGUAUAGAUCGUGACGAGUUGUCUUCGAAAUAA